AUGCCCAAAGGUAAGAAGAAAGCAACUCAGGCCAAUACACUCGGUGACAAGGCAGAGGCUCUCCUUCACCGUCAUCACAUGUCAGACUCUCCCGGAGCUGACCCUGAUGUUAUGUUUUAUAAAUGUGGGUCUCCGCCUCCCACCAUCGAUAUCACGAGAGAUGGCUUGAAAUACCAUGCUGUCGUCAACCCUGUCGACAAGGCUCACUGCGAAACUCCACCCAAGCACCCCAUUCCAGCACCUUCCACCAGUGAGAGCAGGAGCAUCCAUGAUGGAGGACUCGCCGCACUCAAUGCCAAGUUUGACAAGCUUGCAGCAGAACUAGCUGGCAGGAAUGCUGAGCAAGCUCAAAGGAAUGCCCGGCAGGAUCAAAUGAUUGCCGACCUUCGCGUGAAGGUCACCGAUCAUGAGAAGGCGAUCACCAUGCUUGCCAACCGGGCGUUGCUCGACGACGCGUGCCUGCUCAUCGCAGAGCGUUAUGGGAACACUGUGGACACUGUCCAUGCCCGCCUGUCUGACAAGGACAAGGCAGUGCUGGACAGGAAUGCUUUGGACGUGAUAUUUGACAGUGGGAGUGGCAGCAUCCGCCGCAGGGCAACAUUGCUGCUCAUUCAGCAACUAUGGGCAUCGCCGUGCUGUUGUCCACUUUUGACCACGAAGCAGAGGAAUGCCCUGCGAAAUCUGUAUACCUUUGUCGUAGGCGAGGAGCCGGCGUUGUGA